UAAAAAGAUGUAUGGAUACGUAAAAGGGUUGAUAAGAGAAACCGUUUGUUUGUACACUUACACCCUUUACAGGUUUAUGAGUACCUUUCCAACCAGCAAAUUAACUGAGAAUAACGGAAAUGGCAUCGUCUUGGUGAACUGUGGUUCUUUUUCACCAAUAACGCUUGCUCACCUUAUCUUGAUGGAGUCUGCAUACAAUUUCGCUCACUACAGUGGCUUACAAGUCCUGGGUGGCUACCUAUCACCCGUUCAUGAUUCUUAUAACAAGCCAGGCCUGAUUACUAGUAGGCAACGUUUAGAGAUGUGCCAGCUUGCUGUUGAAGACUCUUCUUGGUUAAUGGUAGACAGCUGGGAAUGUUGUCGUUCUGAAUAUUCGCCAACUUUUCUAGUAGUGGAGCACUUUCGUUCGCAACUUGACCUCGUAUAUGGAGUCAAUAUUCAGCUAGCUUUUGUGUGUGGUAGUGAUUUAUAUCGUAGUUUAUUUAACUCUGACAUAUGGCCAAAGAAUCAUGUAGAACGACUUUUGGACAUGGCAUCUCUAUUUGUGAUUCCUAGAAUGGAAGAUUUGAGCAAGUCUCGAGUGGAAAAACAGGUCAAAGCAUAUCUUCCUGGUUAUCAAGAUAAAGUUUUUAUCGUAGAUCAAGCUCCAUUAUGUCAAAUCAGCUCUACUAUGGUCAGGGAUACUUUAAGGAAAGGAGGUUCUAUUAAGUAUAUGGUACCUGACUCGGUAUAUUGUUAUAUUAUUCGUCAUAGUUUGUAUCAUAAGAAACAAAGCAGCAACUCUGUAUCUUGAAUGGAAAGAUUCUGCGAUGGUCCAAUCAUAGCUUGAGAUUUCCAUUGUUUGAACACAAUUGAAUUGAUUUUGGUUCCAGACAAAAGGUUUUUUCUUUCUAUGUAGACCCAUUUUCAAGAAGAGAAGACUUUGAACAAAAUAAUGGAUUAGAUCAAGUUAAGUUGUUGGAUUCCUUUAUUGACAGACGGGGAAAUUGGACGCUGAUUACUGUAAAGUAUCUUUCUUUUUGUCGUAGCCGUUUGUUUAUGUAUUGUUUUUCAUUGUAAUAUUUUAAUCGCGAAUAUUUGUUAUUG